GGUGGGGUUGAUGCUAUAAAAGGGGCAUGGCCUUGGAUGGUGUCUCUUAAUUGGAGAGGGAGCCAUGCUUGUGGAGCUUCACUGAUUGACCAUGACUGGCUGCUGACAGCUGCACACUGUGUCUAUGGGAGAAAUGUUCACUUGGAGUCCUGGUCAGCCAUCCUUGGACUUCAUGCUCAGAGUGACAUGAACUCUGUAGAUGUUCAAACCCGACGUGUCGAUCACAUCAUCAUGAACAAGCAAUACAACAGAAAAACCAAACAGGCCGACAUAGCACUGAUGCAUCUGCAGCAGCCCGUUAACUUCACCAAAUGGGUGCAGCCAGUGUGUUUACCUGCUGAAGGUCAGAGUUUCACAGCAGGAAAAAAGUGUUUCAUUGCUGGAUGGGGACGAGAAGCUGAGGGAGGUACUCUCCCUGAUGUACUCAAGGAGGCACAAGUUCCUCUGGUAGACCAGGACACAUGUCAGCACUUGUUACCUGAGUACACCAUCACCACCAGUAUGCUGUGUGCUGGGUACCCCGAAGGUGGAGUCGACUCAUGUCAGGGAGACUCUGGAGGGCCAUUGAUGUGUCUAGAAGAUAGACGCUGGACGGUGGUUGGUGUAACAUCAUUUGGGGAGGGCUGUGGGCGUCCUCAGAAACCUGGAGGCUAUGCCCGUGUCUCUGCUUUCAUCUCCUGGAUUGCUCACAAUAGACGCCUCUCCUUUUCAUCACUUUUAACGUCACAUUCAGACUGA